GUUGGCGAGUACACCAUCAGAAGUAGAGCGAAGAAGAAACGGAGGACGAUCUCUCCCUGAUAGAGAUCUCCGGCGCCGACGAUUCCUUGCUGCACAACAACGCCGACGACUCUCCUUCCUAUUUCUCUUGCUCCCCAUUCCACCUCCCCAGAUCUAAGCCGCCUCUUCCAAAUGAAAUCGGUAAAGCGGUGUGGAGAGAUGUCAAGAAAGCUUCGGUUUUUCAAAGAUCAAAUCAAUAAAGCUGGUCUGCUGUCUUCAGCACCUCCUAAUUUGGAGCCAGAUGUUGAACUGGGGGAAUUAGAGCUGCAACUUGUUGAGCAUGAGCAUGAGCUGAUUGAAAUAAACUCUAACAGUGAAAAACCACGGUGAACAUAUAAUGAGCUGCUGGCAUUCAAAAUGGUAUUGCAAAAGGCAGCUGGUUUUCUUGUGUCAAGUAAUGGUCAUGCUGUUGCAGAGGAAGUGGAAUUAAGUGAGAAUAUAUACUCAAAUGAUGAUUACGGUGAGACAGCAUCAUUACUUGAACAGGUUGAGAAAAGAGUCUUUGUAGUUUUCUUCUCAGGAGAGCAGGCAAGGACAAAGAUUUUGAAAAUUUGUGAAGCAUUUGGAGCAAAUUGCUAUCCUGUCCCUGAAGACCUUUCUAAACAGAGGCAAAUUAAUAGAGAAUUCACAUGAGAACUACAAGAUGCCAUUCACUUUCAAGCUAAGUGAUGGGCUGUUCUCAAAUCUGUAACACUUCAGGAGAUUGGUGGGAUGAGGGUUCCUGAUAUCAAAACAUUUUAUGAACCCGUCAUUUCCACAGGAAUAACCCAGAUUCGGAUUGCUAAUGUCUCUGAUAAGGCCACUGACGGCUUGGAGAUACUGCCCAAUUUUGUUACUCCAAUUUUACCAUUGCCGGCGACAAAAUCCUGAAUGGGGAGCAAGAGGAAAGAGCAUCAUCGGCAUUGUUUUGUCACAAGGAAUCAUCCGCUCCGGAAUGGCUCAUCUCCAAACCGAUGAUUCCUUGCGGCAAAACAAUGCCGAUGAUGACUCAUCUCCUUGUGGCAAAACAACACCGACGCUCCUUUCUCUUGCUCCUCAUUCCACUUCCCCCCGACCUAUGCUGCCUCUUCCAAAUGAAAUCGAUUACCAAGGUGAAUAUAGUAAGGAGCAUAUUACCCAGACAGGGAAAUUGGUUCUUCUUCAGUUUGACAAGGAAAUAAGAGUGGCAUUGUAUCAACAUGAAUAUGGUGCAGAAGCUAUUCAGCAGAGAAAGGGGCUCGAAAAGGUCCAGCAUAUUAUGGCCUGAUAUAAGUCAUAAAACAGUACCCAGAAUGGAUUUUAUAGGAUCUCUCAAACAUGAAGAAGCAGAGGCAACAGAACAGAUUAACCGCAUUGCUUUCAGUCCAACUGGUAGAUUCUUAGUUUCUGGAUCUUACUUUCUUACCCUAUGGGAUAAGUACCCUUACGUAAAGGGAACAAUACUCCAAGAGACUCAAUUACCAAUAAGCCAAGUUGCUGUUAUGACUGAUGAGAGGAAGAUUAUGUUUUCCCUUUCAAAGGGGAAGGUUUUUGUUGUACAAAUCGACGGCAAUGGUAAAAUUUGAAUAACAAAAUUGGGCAGUCAUCUCCAAGCUGUCCGUGGCCUUAUCAGAGACAUUAGCAAUCCGAAUUUGGGUUAUUACUGUGGAAAUGACGGGUUCAUAAAACGUUUUGAUAUGAGGAGCCCUCAUCCCACCAAUCUCCUGAAGUGUUAUAGAUCUGAGAACAACUAUCACUUAGCUUGAAAUUGAAUGACAUCUUGUAGUUCUCAUGUAAGCUAUUUUUUGUUUCCUUUCUAAAAAUAGGAAAUGUGUUGAUUCAUCUGGACAAAAUAUUGUACCAUAUGAACUUCUUUGUUUUUUGAAAAUAUGCAAUAUAUCAAAACUAUAAUU